AUGGCUCCACAGGAUAACCCCUCCAUGGGGUCCUGGUUGCCUGGCGAAGAAGGCAACGAGAGGGGUUGCAAGCACACGGGUUCUGCAAGGGGCGUAUUGAGCUGCUUAUCACGCAUAAUUCCGCACGGUGGUGUCUUGUCGACGACGUUUAACCUUGCAAGUGCAACGCUCGGUGGCGGGGUGAUCAGCCUGGCUGCGGCCUUUCAGAUGAGCGGUGCCGCGUUUUCUGUUAUUCUUCUUGUGCUUGUGACGCUGUGCACUGUUUAUUCUGUCGGCCUGAUGAUACAGGCCGUUGAGCUGACCGGAUAUACUUCUGACGCGGAACUUUCAAGGAAGCUGUUUGGUCGGGGGUGGGACUACUUCACGGUCUCUCUCACGUGGUUGUUCACUUUUGGCACCUGUGUGGGCUACGUCAUUGCCAUUGGCCGCCUCAUGGAGCCCGUACUGUCCGAUCCCUCCUUGCCAGAGUUCUGGCGCUCCGUGGCAGGCAAUCGCGUGGCGACAAGUGCAAUCUGGUUUGUGGGCAUGUUCUCGUUGUCGCUACCGAAGGAGAUCAACUCCCUGCGCUACGCCUCUGCUGCUGGAGUAUUUUUCAUUUGCUUCUUUAUUUUGUGCAUUGUGGUCCACUCCGUGCGUAAUGGAUUUCGGGGCGGAAAACUCCGUGAUGAUGUUGUCAUGUUCAAGACGGGAAACGGGGCAAUCGAAGGCCUUUCCAUCUUUAUGUUUUCGUAUCUAUGCCACAUGAACUGUUUCUCGGUUUUUGCGGAAAUGCGGAAGCCGAGCGCGAAACGCAUGACACUCCACACAGCAUGCAGCAUGACUCUGUGUUGCAUUGCGUACAUCGUUGCCGGCUUUUUUGGUUACGCCGACUUUGGAGCCAAGGUGACGGACACUGUUCUCGUGUUCUACGAUGUCCGAGGCGAUGUGAUGAUGGCGAUCGCCUACGCAGGUAUCGUGUUUAAGCUGUGUGUUGGUUUUGCGCUGUGCAUGCAGCCUGCUCGCAACUGCUGUUAUUACAUCAUCGGAUGGGAUUUGGCCACGGUCCCUGCUUGGAAGAACUGCCUCUUCUGCGGGGUUAUGGCGCUCUGCGCCCUGCUGCUUGGGCUCUUUAUUCCUGUGCUGAACACCGUCUUUGGGCUGCUGGGCAGCUUCUGCGGUGGUAUUCUUGGCUUUAGCCUGCCAGCACUGUACCGUAUGUACUGUGGGAACUGGAGCCUGGCGACUGUGGGAGUUGCGAACUACGUUUGCACCUACCUCCUCCUCAUUGCUGGCGUGAUUGCGGUUGUCUUUGGCACGGGGGCGUCUUUGUACGGUGUGUUUGGGUAG